GCAGUGCUUAGUGAUGGGUCGAGUGGUGGCUUCAUGCACCCUUUGUACGUUGCUGCGAGUACUGCUCUAGGAGCCUUGGCAUCCGUCUUCGCUUUGCUCCUUCCCUUCCCGGCUCUUGCCUCUCAUAAGGUGGAAGAGCUGUGCCGAGUGUAUGCUGAGAAUGCUUCAGAAAGAAUGAAUGUAUACCUACGCGCUCUAACGGCGACGGACAAGCAUACUAAGAUACACCUCAUCUCACAAGCCAAGACCUUGUCCGAAACAGGAGCCAAGCUUUUGCAGACUAUCAAAAUCUUAGAGGAUGGAUUAUGGUGGGAGAGACCUUGGAGCAAAGCAAUCAAGCCAGGAGAGAGACUACAAAGCAUGGAGCUGGAGAUGAGAGGAAUCGAGUACUCCCUCAUUUCUUCUGCUACGAUCAUUCCAUUUCAAGCAGUAGAACAGCACCAAAUCUCCCAAAUCUCACAAGCUAUAUCCACACGCAUCGAGGAGAGAAUCCAGCAACUUAGAUGCUACUCUCCUUUCAACUCCAAAGUAGAAUCAGAAACAAGACAACUCAUGGCAAACUCAUCAUCAUUACUCGAGCUGAAGCUCCCAAAUCCCAAGCAAGGAUGGCUCUAUUUCUACUUCUCCUGCAUACACAUGUUCCUCAACGACACCGUGUGCUGCAACUCUGCAGCUUCAAGAAACCCAGAAACAAAGGCCCAAGGCAUCGCCACAAGAUUCAAACAUUGGAUUCACAAACUAACCACCCACGACAGGCUGCUGUUUGCCACCAAGUGCUCACUUUGCCUUAGCCUUGCAGUGCUGCUCGGACUGACAUUUGACAAAGAAAACGGAUGCUGGGCAGGCCUCACAAUCGCCAUCAGCUUCGUUACAGGAAGGCAGGCAAUCUUCACAGUAGCAAACUCCAGAGUGCAAGGAACAGCUCUGGGAUCAGUCUAUGGAGUAAUAUGUUGUUUUCUCUUCCAUUACGAAGAACUGAGGCUUCUGGCACUUCUUCCAUGGAUCAUUUUCACGAGCUUUCUGAGACACAGCAAAAUGUACGGCCAAACAGGCGGGGUGUCAGCAGCCAUAGGAGCGUUGGUGAUACUAGGGAGAAAGAACUAUGGUGCUCCAAAUGAAUUUGCCAUCUCUCGACUUACAGAGGUUUUUUUAGGCCUAACGGCCUUCAUUGCCGUGGAGCUUUUCCUGCAGCCAACUAGAACAGCCACUCUAGCCAGGAAUCACGCGUAUCUAACACUACACGCCCUGCAAGACUGCAUAAAAGGAACAAGAAUGCAGAAAAACCAGACAACUGAUGAGUUUCUUGAUUUGAAAGAGAGGAAAAGAAAUCUGAAUCACCUAGUCUCUCAGCUCAAAGAUUUUGUAGCAGACGCAGAGAUGGAGCCCAGUUUUUGGUACCUGCCCUUCCGCACUUGUUGCUACCAGAAGCUCAUUCAGAGCUUGUCUAACAUCGUGGAUAUGUUGUGCUUCAUCACAAACAAUCUUGAGCUACUUUCCAAGUUAGCUGAGACUGAUUUUGGAAGCAGAUUUCAGGAGCAGAUAAAUGGUGAGGUGCAACUAUUUGAGGAGACCUUAAGCUCUUCAUAUAUAUAUCUAGAGCAGGGGAUUAUCACUGAGUCGAGAGCAGUCUUAGAGGAGGAGAUGGAAGCAGGGAACCUAUGGAAUCGGGAAAAACCAGGUGUUCCGAGCACAGAACAUAAAGAGACAGAGUUGCUUGCUCGAGAAGAAGAAAAUGGAGUUGAUCAAAAUAUGAGAGAAAUGGUGAUUCAAUUUCUGAGUGCCACCAGAUUCUGCAUCACUUCAGUGAUGAGAGAGUUGGAAAGUAUCAAGUUUUGCGUCAGAGAAAUAGGAUCAUUGGAAAAUUAACUCAAGUUUAUGUAGAAAAAGAUUCUAGAAUUUUGUUGUGUUCAGUAUAUAUGUGCAACACUUGGUGCAUUUAUGAUGCCAAGCUACUGUAAUUAAAUCCAGAUUGUAUGUAAGAAUACCACAAAGGAAUACACGAAUGUCAUUCAGCAGAAGUAUACGAAUGAACUUGAGGAAAAUAUUAUGAUAUUUUGCUAUCAAUACUAUCAGCUGAUGACUAGCAAGUUAACAAAUUCCACCCCAAUCGCUCUGUUUAGUUUAAAUAUCAAAGAUCACAAACAUAAGCUCCAUUUGAGAAUUGCCAAUCAAAUAGCAUCAGAUAUAACUUCAAAUACCUCAAUCAACAUGCAGCAUGGGUGACUUUCUGUGGUGAAGUGAGAAUUCCAGCUCUGCAAGCACCUUCAGCUUUAGAGUGCAUAAACAAUCACAUAAAGACGAUACAAAAUCAGACUAAUAUGUAGGAGCAAAACAAGUCGAACUAAAUCACUCUUUAAUUUCAUGUCAUAAAUUCAAUUACAGAUUGAUCAAUUCAAAUAAACAUAUAUUGAAUUAUCUAAUGCAAGUCAUUUGCUUAUUCAAAUCAUUUAACCAAAACAAAACAUCAAUGAAUAUCAAAUCAGAGUAAAAUGUCAGGUUGAAGUACGAAUUCCAAAGUUUCAAACAACUCCAAUUCUGCACUCCUAAAGCUCCAACUACUUCAAUGAUAACAAUGUAAGCAAAAUAAAUCAAAAACUCAAAGAAGUUCAGCAAAACUGAAUCAAGGUAAUGAAAUUUAAUAACAACAAAGAGGUAGAAUUAGAAAAUAAAUGAGGGAUAAUUUAAUUGGAAAUGUUGAAACUUCAUUAGAUUGUGAAAUGAAAUGAUACAAACAAAAACCCCCAAUUCGAAAAAUACAUAACCUAAUCUUUCGAUUAAUUCAACUAUACAUUGAUAAGGCUAAACCUAAUUAGCAACCACCAAUAAAACACCUCAACCGCCGAAUCCGUAGAGAGUACGGCCCUGCCUCUUUAGAGCAUAGACGACGUCCAUAGCCGUCACCGUUUUCCGGCGGGCGUGCUCGGUGUAGGUCACGGCGUCACGGAUCACGUUCUCAAGGAAGAUCUUCAAAACGCCACGAGUUUCUUCAUAGAUCAGGCCGCUGAUGCGCUUGACGCCGCCCCUGCGAGCCAGACGGCGAAUCGCCGGCUUCGUGAUUCCUUGAAUGUUGUCCCGGAGCACCUUACGGUGUCGUUUCGCACCUCCCUUGCCCAACCCCUUGCCUCCCUUUCCACGGCCCGACAUUUUUUCUGGUGCUGUGAAAUAAACUUUGAGGAGGGAAUUUCGUUUUGAAUUUUUGAU